AUGUCACGUUUUUUUCACAGCGCCGAAAGCUCUUCGGAGAGCAGUUCUGAUGAAGAGGAGGAGCUCCUCGAUUCUGGCGACGAGGAGUCGGAGUUGGAAGACUCUGAAGAAGAUUCUGAUGCGGAUGAAGAUUCGGAUUCGGAUUCCAGCAGUGAUGAAAGCGGUAAAGGUGCCAGCAGAUUCAUGAUAGAUGUCUCUGGCUCUGAUGAGUCCGACACCGAAUCAGUUGGCCCAGUGGUCAAAAGUGCAAAGGACAAGCGUUUCGAGGAAUUAGAGGGCACAAUCAGGCUGAUCGAGAAUGCCGAAAAGAUCAAUGACUGGGCAGUCAUCUCAACUGAAUUCGAUAAACUAAACCGCCAAGUCCCUAACUUGAUCCGCCAGAAUGAUAGCAAGACGCCAAAGCUAUAUAUCAAAGCGAUCGCGGACAUGGAGGUCCUCGUCAACGAGACCGUCGAGAAGCAGAAGGGGACGCAAAAGAAAAUGAAUGCAGUCAACACACGCGGCUUGAAUGCUGUGCGACAAAAGAUUCGGAAGAACAACAAAGAAUACACCAAGGAUAUUGAGUCCUAUCGUGCAGACCCUGAAGAGUUCAUGAAAGAAGAGGAGGUUGAAGAGGAAGUGGUCAAGCCCAAGAAGCCCAAGCGAAGCCCUCUUGAGAUCGCUGAGGCUGUUCAAGGCGCUGAGGACGAUGGUUUCACCAUGGUUGGUGCCGGCGGUAAGGCCAUGCAAUACACGCCCGAAAGCAUUCUCAAACACCUGCGGACUAUCGUCGAAUCACGGGGGCGGAAGAACACAGACCGUGUCGAACAAACCCGGGUCAUGGAGAAGCUUUUCGAUGUGGCGGUCACUGAUUAUCAACGCAUCCGAGUACUCCUCACCCUCAUCUCGACCCGGUUCGAUUCAUCCUCCGUGUCAGGAAGUCAGAUGUCUCAGGAGCAGUGGAAACUUGCUCAGCAAGAGUUCUCCAAACUACUUGAUAUCCUCGAGUCUAACAAAGACAUUGUUGUUAUCGAGGGCGCUGAGGAGUGGGAGGACGAUGACAAACUGCCGACUAUCACUCCUGGUGAGAUCUUCAAGGUUCCUGGUAGCGUCGUCUCCUCCGUCGAGCGUCUAGACGACGAACUUACUCGUUCUCUGCAAACUAUCGACCCUCACACUGCUGAGUACGUGGAGCGUUUGACUGAUGAGGCUUCACUAUAUGGCAGCAUUGUGCGCGCAUCAUUGUACGUCGAGGGCCUCCAAAAGAAUCCUGAGCUCCGCGUCUCGCAGGAGGUUGCAAAUCGGGUCGUUAUGCGCAGACUGGAGCACAUGUAUUUCAAGCCCUCUCAAGUCAUUGAACUCUUGGAAGAGAACACAUGGAAGAGCAUCGAUUCCAAGCGAGACUCGCAAAUCACACCGCGAUCAAGCGCCAAAGACAGCACUACUCUCGUCCAAUCUCUCUGCACAUACCUGUUUGAGAAGAGCGAGGGCAUCAUCCGAGCUCGUGCCAUGCUCUGCCAAAUCUACUUCCUCGCGCUGCAUGAUCACUACUACCGGGCUCGUGACAUGAUGCUCAUGUCGCACUUGCAAGAAACCAUUGGCAACUUCGACGUCAACUCCCAGAUCCUCUUUAACCGCGCGCUCGUGCAGGUCGGCCUUUGUGCCUUCCGCGCAGGCUUGGUGUACGAGGCCCAAAACUCACUGCAAGAGAUCUGUGGAAGCAACAGGCAAAAAGAGCUCUUAGCACAAGGUCUACAAAUGCAGCGAUACUCGCAAAUCUCGCCUGAGCAAGAACGUCUCGAGCGCCAACGUCAACUGCCCUUCCACAUGCACAUCAACCUCGAGCUGCUUGAGUGCGUCUACCUGACUUGCUCCAUGCUUCUCGAGAUCCCUCUAUUGGCCCAGAUCGGCUCGUCACCAGACAUCCGGAAACGCGUGAUCAGCAAGACAUACAGACGUCUUCUUGAGUACCAUGAGCGUCAAAUUUUCACUGGCCCUCCCGAGAACACAAGAGAUCACGUCAUGCAGGCGUCGAAAGCGCUAGCGGCAGGCGAGUGGAAGAAGUCAGCCGAGUUCAUCAACUCGAUCAAGAUUUGGGAGCUUAUGGCUCAGUCGGAGAAGAUCAAGGAGAUGCUAUCGGCCCAGAUUCAAGAAGAAGGUCUACGGACAUAUCUUUUCACAUACGCCCCCUUCUACGACACACUCUCUGUUACCACCCUGGCAUCCAUGUUCGAGCUCACCGAGCGUAAAGUCGCAGCGGUGGUGAGCAAGAUGAUCUCGCAUGAAGAGCUUGCCGCAGCGCUUGACCAGGUUAAUAGUGUCGUCAUCUUCCGCAAGGGUGUCGAGCUCUCAAGACUGCAAAGCUUGGCUCUCACGCUCAGUGACAAAGCCAGUGGUCUUAUCGAGUCCAACGAGAAGACGUUGGAGCAAAGGACACAGGGCACUGCUCACGCAUUCGAGCGCCAGGGCGGUCCAGGAGGACGAGGUGGUCGCGGAGGCCGGGGUGGGCAGCGUGGAGGACGAGGAGGCGGCCGUGGUGGUGGUCAACACCGACCAGGUGGUCAGCAGUUCACUGGUGGUGCACUGGGUCGAGCCAUCCAGGCCUAG